GUCAAUGAGCUACUGUAUAUCGUGUGCGCUUGUGCAGGUUCAUUCUAUUCCAGGGGCGAGUGUUAUUAUAAGGCCUAGAAUUUAAUGCAUCUGCAUUGAAUGCAAUAAUACUCUGUAGAAUUAGAUAUCGUAACAAAUGUUCAUUUGACGCGUUACUUGCAAACAACCCAAUCCGGAUAAAAAUGGCUGAAUUACCGAUGGGGAAAGUGGUCACCGCAGGGAAAAUAGCAAGCAAUGUACAGAAAAAAAUUACCAGGGCUCAGGAAAAGGUUCUCCAAAAGCUUGGCAAGGCAGAUGAGACUAAAGAUCUGGCAUUUGAAGAGGGUGUGAUUAAUUUUAACAAACAGCUGGUGGAAGGUACCAAACUGCAGAAAGACCUUCGGGCCUAUUUGACUGCAGUAAAAACCAUGCAUGAAUCUUCUAGACGUCUGUACGAGUGCCUGGAUGACAUGUAUGAGAAUGAUUGGUAUGGAAGAAAGGAUGUGGACUCCAUCUGUGAGGAUUCAGACCUCCUUUGGACAGACUUCCAUCAGAAACUUGUGGAUCAUGCGCUUAUAUCCAUGGACACCUACCUGGGCCAGUUUCCUGACAUCAGAGCCCGUAUUGCGAAGCGUGACAGGAAGCUGGUGGACUUUGACAGUGCACGGCACACCUUUGCUGGGGUAAACAAAGGCAAGAAAGGAAAGGAGGGGAUUAAGAUCACCAAGCCGGCUUCCUUGCUGGAGAGGGCCGCCCCGGGUUGGGCUCAGGGGAUCCUGUCCGCCCAUAACGUAGCUCAAACCAGCCUCUCCAGGAGUCAGGCAGAGGAAGAGCUGGACAGGGCACAGAAGGUGUUUGAAGAAAUUAAUAUAGAUUUGCAGGAGGAACUGCCAUCUCUGUGGAACAGUCGUGUUGGCUUUUAUGUGAAUACAUUCCAGAGUGUGGCUGGUCUGGAGGAGAAGUUUCACAGAGAAAUGGGAAAAAUCAAUCAGAAUCUGAAUGAUACACUGGAUAAAUUAGAAAAUCAAGAUAUGUCCAGAAAAACAGGUAGCCAAGGGGUGAGGACAUCAACAGCCCAGAAGAGCUCCAGUGAAAGAACACAAGAUGCCAAUCACACUUUGAGCCCAGGAGGACCGCCAGCCAUUCCCAAAUCUCCGUCUAAGCUAAAGCCAGCUGUCCCCCCGCCUCCUAAAGCUACUCCAUCAAAGGAUCUGAAGCAGGAGAGCAUUAUUAAUCUAUUUGGUGAGGCUGCCACUCCGAACAUCAGUGUCACUUCGCCAACACAGUAUGAUGCCCCAGCCACAGCUAAUCUGCUGGAUAUGGAUCUGGACUCGCUUCAGGCCGCCACCACCCCAGCCGCACAGAAUUGGGAUCCAUGGGAGCAUACAGAGAAGGAAGCCGAGGUACCUCAGACAUGGGACGAUGAUGGUCCUCAGACUGUGCACUCUGGCUGGGGUGAUGAUGGUACCCAGGCUACCUGGGAUGAUGAUGAUGGUAGCCAACCUGUGCAUGCUCCGGCCACAUUCCCCACCUGGAAUGAUGAUGAAGGCUCUCAGCCUGUGCAGGGGAAUGACAUUGAUUCUACCCAGCAGGCCGAGGGGUGGGACGAGGAUGGGGCUCAGGCCACAGAACAGGCAGUUGUUACAGAACAGGCAGUUGUUACAGAAGAGGCAGUAGCCGAAACUGUAAGUGAUACUGCAACAGCAGCCACAGAGAGCACAGAGAAUGUAGAGAUGCCAGAAGCCUUCCUGUUCAAAGUGAAAGCAAUGCAUGACUACAAUGCCAAUGACUCGGAUGAGUUGGAGAUGAAGGCAGGAGAUGUGGUGCUGGUAGUGAACUUUGAAAGUCCAGAUGAGCAGGAUGAAGGGUGGUUGAUGGGAGUCAAAGAGUCUGACUGGAUUCUGCAUAAAGAUCUUGGGAAAAAGGGAGUCUUUCCUGAAAACUUCACCCAGAGGAUGUGAGCGCCUGUGAUUAGCUUGAUCUGUGACACUGUUUCCCCCUUCUAUAUUACUCCUUUUUGCUUCCUUUGAAAAUGCAGACAAGAAAAACUACCAACAAAUGCACCGCCACUUGCAAUCUGCUGGUUAUGUUUGUGGAAGUUGUUGACAGGUUAGUCAGUGCGUUGUUUUGGGUGUCCUCACUCAUAUUUGUCAUGCUUUAAGUAUAAGAAGAUUGGAUCAACCUUUGACAAAAUAAGUGAUAGUAUUUUUUCUAGCCUUUUCUAAUAGAGGGAGUAACAUACCCAAAGUAAGUCCUUGCUGUAAAUGUUUUUAGACUAGCCACUCUUAACCAUUGUCCCGUUUUGAGUGAAAAAGUUUUAAGUCGUAUCUCAUGAGCUCACAAACUGGUGAGCAAAACAUAUAGUCUCUAAAGUCUGAUACUGAGGACUAUUUGAGCUGCAUGAUAUAUAAUUAUGUCACAGGUGGAAACAAACAGUAUUUCUUUUCAAAUGGUGAAUACCCAGCUAACAAUGAUGUGUUCUAAGAAUGUUUUGUUAAUGUUCCCAUAUAUAUUAUAUAAACAAAAAC